GGCUAAUGUAAUAUAAAAAGCAGUUCCACUCAAAUCUGUACUAAGGCGUUUCAUUUCAUCAUAAUAUAAAACAGCAGAUCCAUCACCUUUCUCUACUCUGUACUCUUGAUUUCGAGGUUGAAGUGACAAUUUGAAGCUGUUCGCUCUGGCUCACCAACUGGUUACAUUGCUUAGUCUUAUUUCAAGCCAGUAGGAUUGAUCAGUAAUAUUGGAAUUUGACUGAUCACAUCGGUUUGAAAAGAAAGGUGUAUUGGCAACAAAAAGUUCCUCCAAGAUGGACUAUUUUUUGGAUGUUGAGUCUGCUCACAGACUGAUGUUAUACAGUCAAGGAGCUCAAGCUCGCCGGGCGACCCUGCUCACCGUACCCACAUUAAUGGCGGCAUCUUCGGAGGAGGAGAUAGACCGGAGACCCAUCAGGAGAGUCAGGUCCAAGAGUGACACCCCUUACCUCGCAGAGGCCAGGAUCUCCUUCAAUCUUGGGAGAGAGAGAUCAUAUGAAGCAGAGAUGGGAAACGACCUUCUAAGUUAUCUGCUCCAUUCCCCUUUCAAUGAAGCUGACGAAGUGGAAAGACUGGCUGCAAUGCGUUCAGACUCUCUAGUACCAGGCACCCACACUCCUCCAAUCAGGCGAAGAAGUAAGUUUGCCAAUAUAGGAAGGAUUUUCAAGCCAUGGAAAUGGAGGAAGAAGAAGAGUGAAAAGUUCAAACACACUUCUGCAGCUCUUGAAAGAAAAAUAUCAAUGAGGCAAAGCAGAGAGGAGCUGAUAAAACGAGGAGUCUUGAAGGAAAUCUAUGAUAAAGAUGGGGAGCUUUCCAUACCAAAUGAAGGAUCAUUGGAGAAUGGGCAGGCUCUGAGCUCCAGCCAGAUUUCACUACCAGGCCUAGCAGAACUGGAAUCAGGUUCCGCGUCUGGGGAACCCUGUUCGUAUGAGGUGCUCCCAACCACAGAUAUCAUGGAUGGGACAGUGUCUGAAGAGAGCCCCAGAUCCAGUGAGUCUGGAGUCCUCCUGUCCCAAGAUCCUUCAGCUAAACCAGUCCUGCUACUUCCCCCCAAAAAAUCUGCUGCUUUCCCUGGAGACCAUGAGGACACCCCAGUGAAACAGCUGUCCCUCCUCAAACAGCCCCCUGCCCUGCCUCCUAAACCCAUUGCCAGGAUUGCCAACCACUUAACUGAUCCUGGCGGUCCUAUGAAACUGCCUUGUAUGCCAGUUAAACUAUCGCCUCCGCUACCUCCAAAGAAAGUCAUGAUUUGCAUGCCUUUAGGGGGGACAGACCUCUCUCUUGGGUCCUAUUCCAUGCAGAAGAGUUCCCAGCAGCCUUUGGCUCCACACCACCACUCUGUACUGCCAUCCCAAUUAGCAGCGCACCAGCACCAGCUUCCGUAUGGCAGCCACAGCCAGCAUCUGCCUUCUGGAUCCAGCUCAUUACCUAUUCACCCUUCAGGGUGCCGGAUGAUAGAUGAAUUGAACAAGACACUGGCCAUGACCAUGCAGAGGCUAGAAAGCUCUGGUUUACACCCGGGUGACAGUGUCACGAAAACAGGACCUGGAGGCCUUUCAGACAUGAGACAAGUGCCAACCGUUGUGAUCGAAUGCGAUGACGAUAAAGAAAAUGUGCCUCAUGAAUCUGAUUAUGAAGAUUCUUCCUGCCUUUACUCAAGAGAGGAAGAGGAUGAUGAGGAAGAUGAGGAUGAUGAUAGCUCAUUAUUUACAAGUUCUCUGGCAAUGAAAAUCUGCAGACAGGAUUCUUUAGCAAUCAAACUUAGCAACAGGCCCUCCAAACGAGAGCUGGAGGAAAAGAACAUCCUCCCAAAGCAGACUGAUGAGGAGAGACUUGAACUGAGGCAGCAGAUUGGAACAAAGCUAACAAGACGACUGAGCCAGAGGCCCACUGCUGAGGAACUGGAGCAGAGGAACAUUCUGAAACCUCGGAAUGAGCAAGAGGAGCAGGAGGAAAAACGGGAGAUAAAGAGAAGAUUAACACGCAAGCUGAGCCAAAGGCCCACAGUGGAAGAGCUGCGUGAGAAAAAGAUCCUCAUCCGCUUCAGUGACUACGUGGAAGUGGCAGAUGCUCAGGACUAUGACAGGAGGGCGGACAAACCUUGGACGCGACUCUCAGCCGCCGACAAAGCAGCCAUUCGAAAAGAGCUCAAUGAAUUUAAAAGCACUGAAAUGGAGGUUCAUGAAUUAAGCAAGCAUCUAACAAGGUUUCAUAGACCGUAGCAGUUCAAUUCUACUUGACUACUAUGCCAUCUUUAAAACCUAACUAAAAAGAACCGUAAGUGCUGGUAUUAUUCACUUCCUGUUGCGUACAAUGUAAAUCUUCUGAACUGCCUUUUUAAAAUAAUUAAAUUAAAGAGAUAAAUGAAAAUAAAGGGGGGGAGAAGCAAAAAUGGAAAUUGUACUUACAUGUGAUGGGUACUGCUACAUCAUCAGACCUGCUGGCACAAGCUUCGAUAAUAGAAAAUACCCCUGGUGGGAAUCAUACCAAGAGCUGGCAUCUAUGUUUCUGACUUCCUGACAUGUGGAUUCACCAUAUUUGUCCAAGCCCAACUGGUAAUGCGUCCAUUCUGUCUUCAGUCACCCUGCAUCCUUGCAAGCAUCUGUCGCCUGACUCCGAAGAAAGCUGAGGCACUUGGUGGUGUUCUGGGAAUGACUGUGCUGGGUGAAGCCUCCAAGAGGCCUGCAGCCACGUUAAAGCACUUUUAGUCCAAACACUUCAUUCAGCUUAGGAGCACCUUAGAAGGACAAUGAGGGAGGAGAACUGCUCUCAGGACCUGCCCACUUUCCGAGUACAAAGAAAUUCACUUUCCAUGGAGGAGUUUGUGACUGGUUGAUCUUCACCAUUUUGGUUCACAAGAACAAGAACAGCAUUCCUUACUGAAGGGUGGUUUGGCUCAAUCAACUUUUUGUUUUCCAAACCUAAUUAUGACUCCACAAACAUUAAGUAACAAUAAUAUUGGUAAAUAACAAGCAAAAGGCACUGCCUUGACCUUGUGUAGUCAUUGGUACCUGUGCCUAGUGAUCGUAAAGGCGCGUAGAGCACAAUCAAAUCAGAAUAGCUGGGUUUUCCCUCCAGUUCACACAGGCGUAAGGCAGCAGUGACUCGGGUCCAAGGUCUGGAUUCCAAGAAGGUAUCCAUGGGAUAUGUAUUAUUCUGUAUGUCUGAGAUUUUUAAAGGGCAGAUUGGGCAUGUACAGGCCUGCACUUCAAUCAUAUUGAGAAUAAUCUUUUCUUGGUUCUGGUGUAGCAAAACGUGGGCCUCAUGUAACAAAAAUAUACUAUUGUAUUGUUAUGGAUGGCUCAGAAUUGUCUGCAGUAUUUAGAACCAAGGCAAUAGGCAAAAACCCAGGGGCUUUUUUAUACUGGCAUGCUUUUAUCUGUUAAAAUGGCCACUUACAGCUCAGUACUCACUCUAGCCCUGACCCAGCAAAGCAAUUCAGCGGGUCAAGCAUGUGCUGAAGUGCUUUGCUGGAUCAGGACCAGAGGGUUCAGCGCCUUGCAGCAUCCAGCCCUGACACAAUAUAAACCUAUCAAGCUGGAAACAAAUGUCUGUGAUUUAAUCCCUUAUGAGAAAAUAUACUGCUGCACUCUGUAUAAAUGGGCCAAAACGCUGAACUAACAUUACUGUAAGUUGCAAUGCUCUGGAUCGUGACUGUGGAAUAAUAUCAAAUGUUGUUUUGCUUUUGAAAGUUUGUGCAGGGAGGCCUAGGUUUUCUAUGACAACGGUAUCCUUUGCAAGAGUUCACGUGCACACACAACCACGCACCCUUCCUCCUAUUCUUCCCUGGAGUGCCCUGGUAAUACAAUACCCACCCCCUCCACUGAUUUCAGAUUAGCAUCAGAUUGCGGUUGCUUUAACAGGUGUAUGUUAUGUGUCCAGUUAUGUGCAGCACACGCUCAGCUCCUCUUGGACCUGUUUCUCAUCCCACUUGCCCUGGUGUAAAUCAGCAGCAACGCCAUCUAACUCAGUGAAGUUACAUUAGUAUAAAGCCCACGUAAAUGACAUCAGAAUAAUGCCUAUUGAUUUCCUUAAGGAACUGAGGCUGGUCAGCACCUACCAGGAUUGGGCUGUAUCUGAGAAGAGUGGAAGCGUUUCAGUCUCAUCUGAGGUCACCCAUGUGACUUAUGAGUGAGCAUUUGGGGAAUAUUGAAUGUCUGUUACAGGGUGGAGGGCAUUAAAAAGAAAGCAAAGAGCACCUCAGCCAAUCCCACAGGAGCCAAAGUACUGACUGUUGCCCUUUUGCCUCAUUUCUAUUUGAGGUAAUAGGUCUUUGAAGUUAUUACUUAGCACUGUUAGUGGUUUCACAAUAGCCUAAAAAUAAAGAUGAUUCCUGCAUCCUCAUCACACGCACAGGAUAUACUUACCUGGACUUGUCAAAAGAAAAUAAUAGUCCCAAUACACUCUGGGUGAAGAUGAUUUAUCUUAGACAGAGGAAGCCCUGCCUUCUGUAUAAAUAUGAUCUGCCAGUGACGAGUUCUAACUGACUUGAUUGCAGGACAUUGCAGAUUAAAGUUAGUGGGGAAGUACAGUGCAGUUCCUCAGACAAGAGUUCACCAGCAGUGAGAACCUGAUGUUCAACGUUAUCAGCACAGUGCAGGAACAGCAGAGCAGGUAUCCGCCUAGCACAUAUUGCUGCAGGGUUUUUUCCCUGAAACCACAGGUGUGCAUAUUAUUAAAUUCACUCUCACAUAUGGCUUGAAAGAAGAAAACAAAGGUCUUGGCAUUAUGAAAUGGCCUGGCAACAUGGCUGCUUCAAACAGCUGCAAGCCCCGGGAUUCAGAAUGUGACCUCCCACAGCUGCCCACAUGUCCUGGCAUCUCUGCCUGGUUGUCUGAGGUUAAGUCAGAUGGGAGGGCUGAGGAAGCAGUAGCGACAGAAAUCAGAGUAUUCAGAACUUGUGUGUUGGUGGGAGGCACAAAGGAACAGAACGGGUGGAUUUGGGUUUCUUGUUAAACAGGAGGAAUGAGAGGCUGAGAUAAGGGGAUAGGCAUCAAGCUGUUGCUAUCACUGCAGACUUCUCAGGCAACACUAAGCCGCUGGUGGAGGAGCACGCACAGGAAAUGCCACUGUAGCAAUACAACCUGUCCCUUGUGUGUCAGGGCCAUGUCGCAACCCCCAGUACACCUGCAGGUCAGGCAGCCGGACUGAACUGGCCCUGAUCAGUGGUUUUCUAGUUUACCCAGAACGAGGUCUCCACUGUAUGGUCACAAUAUUGCAGGCUACCAUGUGGCUGGAGAUAAGGAAUAAAGCCAGAUCCCACUGAACUCCCAGGAAGUUUUUUUCAGGAUUUGCUCGGCACUGAGACAAGACGUGGAAGGCGUUUGAGGUAUUCUUCCAUUUGCCUGACAUUCUAGCAGAAGACAUUGCAGUUCCGCUGUGAUCUGAAACAGUGGAACUGCCAUAUUUCUCAUGAGCUGCAGCUACAGCACAUCGCAGGGGAAUCCAGGUGAAAUGCCCAGCAUAGCAGCAUCAGUCCAUGCUACACAGCUGGCAUUUCUUCUCCCCCGAGCCUAAAGAUGUUUGGGUGUUUAACAGGAAUUAUGCCCUGACAAGGCAUCUUCCUGAAAGGUGACUUGUUGGUGACUGAACACUGCAUUGUGCCCUCAGUUUACUUACAUCACUCCGAUUGACAUUCAUGGAAGUUUAAGAGAAAAAUGAGGACAGACUAUUUUUUUUUAAAUCUAUUUUCUGCAGAAGUGCAAAUGCUUUUCCCAUCAAAUACUCUGCUAAAGCCAUGUCCACUGAGUUACUGUACUUGGGAUUCCAGCUUUUCUUAAAAAAAAAUUGGCCAAGUAGAGCUAAUAAUAAAGCAGAUAAUUUUUCUACUGAACGUUCAGUUAUCAGCAAUGAGUUUCAUUUGGAUUAGAAGGAUUUAUAAUCAUCAUAGCACACAAUUCACUUUAACCAGCUUAAAGAAACAAAACUAGGUUGAUGAGAGCAAAAUUUUCAUCUACUCAUCAUUGAUUGCUAAAAACUAUGUGGAGGGAAAAAUGCCAAUGGUGAAAAAGAAAAUAUAUUAGUAAUAAUCUAAUGAAUCAAUGUUAAUACUUACAAGGUGUAAUGCAACAUCUGCUCUAGAACUUAUGGAAAUAUUAGUGGAAAACUAAAGGGGAAAAAACAAGGAGUUAUGGUAAAAAUAAUCAUAAAACUCCUAAUUGAAUGUUUUGCUUAGUUUGAGAAAGUGACACAAACUACUGAGAAGUGAUGGUGACGUCUAUUCCUCCACCUCCAGGCCAGAAAUCGUGUAAAA